AAUCUCCCCCUCUCCGGCUCCCAAGACCUCUUCCACAACACACACUCUCCAACCACUUCAACUACCAAGUCUUUCAACUUUUCUUCCACUUUACUAUUUCCCAACCAACCAACCAACCCACACACAUCAACAAUCAUGUCUGGCGCUAUGGAAAAGAUCAAGGCCAAGGUUGAGAACGUCCUCCACAAGGACAAGGACACCACUCACACCGGCACUUCUUCCCACACCACUGGCACCCACACCGGUACCACUGGCACCACUGGCGUGCACAGCAGUGAUCCUUCGGGCCCUCACAGCUCCCACAUGGCCAACAAGGCCGAUCCCCGCGUCGACAGCGACAUCCCCGGAGGCGUUGGCAACACCAAGUCUACUGGCGGAUAUGGAGGCUCUGACCCCACUGGACCUCACAACGGUCGUGCUAUGAACCAGAUGGACCCCCGCGUCGACUCUGACCGCGUUGGCGGACACGGAAACACUGCUUCCACUGGAGGCCACCCCAACAACGGCAUGACCGGCACUGCUGGCUCUGACCCAACCGGUCCUCACAACAGCCGUUUGGCCAACAAGGUCGACCCCCGCGUAGACUCUGACAACCACGGUGCUUACGGCAACUCUGGCGUUGGCCACACUGGUGUCACUGGCUCCAACACUCACGGCUCCGGUCUGACCGGCAACACCCACAGCUCUGGUCUCACCGGCAGCAACACCCACGGCUCCGGCUUGACUGGUAGCAACACUCACGGCUCCGGUCUGACUGGCAACACCCACACUGGUGUUGGCUCAACUGGCAUCGGAGGAACUCACGGUUCUUCUGGCUUGACCGGCAGCAACACCCACGGCUCCGGUCUAACCGGUAACACCCACACUGGUGUCGGUGGCACUGGUAUUGGAGGUACUCACGGCUCUUCCGGCCUCACUGGCAACACUCACGGUUCCUCCGGUUUGACCGGCAGCAACACUCACGGAACUUCCGGCUUGACCGGCCACACCACCCACGGCGGCCCUGGACCUGCUCCCGACACCGCUGGCCCUCACUCCAGCAACCUCUUGAACAAGGCCGAUCCCCGUGUUGACUCCAACUUGGAUGGAUCCAAGACCUUCGGCGGCAACAAGACUGGUGGAAUCUAA